AUGAUGCUGCUCUCUCCUUGUACCCAAGCUCUGAAUUUUUUUGUGGCUGAAAUCUCUCCAGUUUAUAGCAUCCGAGAUCUUCCAAUUUUGAAACUCCUCCUUGUCUGUGACUUGAGAGGCUUGGAUAUUCUCAGAGCCUCAAAGGGAUGCACUGGUGUUGUUUCUAAUGUAGAACUUAUUACUAAUGAGUCCCCUGGUUCCUCCAUAAUGGAAUUCUGGAAACAUGCUGAUUGUGAUGAUCUUCAAGUGGUUUCUUACGUGUUGGGCAAAAAGAUCAUCAUCACUGAGAGAUCUAUUGCUCUGCUUCUGGGUGCAGAAACCAUCAAUGGCUUCAGGUUUCAGACAAGCGAACCCAAGACAAAGGGAACCAAAGACAAAAUCAACAAGGUGAUGUACUCUACCUGGAAACCAGGUAAAGGUGAUCGCAAGACAAAGGAUCUUCAUCCUGAUUUGAGAAUUUGGCACAAGAUUAUACUGAAGUGUUUCAAUCCCAGACCAAAGGGAAGUUCUCCAGACUAUAUCAACUUUAAUCAGAAGGUGAUGCUGUACUUCAUUAAGGCUCACAAGCCUACAAUCAAGUACAUUCCUUUUGGAAGGCUACUAUCUGAUAUCUUCAUUGAGAGCAAGUUGAUAGAAGCUUUGACCAAAGCAGGAUGCUCUGAAGAUCUCUCAACUACUGUUGGAGAUGCCUUAGCUCCUACAUCAAUGGAGAAGAUGGGUCUGAUAGAUAUGAAAGUUGAAGCUGAAUAUGCUGCCACAACAGAUGAAGACGCUCCUGAUUUUGAAUCACCCAAGAAGAAUAAGACCAAGAGGAAGCAAGAGGAUACUGAUGAAACAAAGGAUGACUCUGAUGGUGAUGAUGAUGAGCAACCACCUCAGAAGACGAAAAAGAAGGUCAGAAUUGCUACAAAAGUUAUUCAGCUGGAACCUACUCGAGCAGCAAUUACUUCUAGAGUUACCAGAUCUUCAGUCAGGAAUUCAAGUAAGUUCACUGUUCUUACUGAUGAAGAUGACUCUGAUGUUGUUGUUGCUGUGUCUAACCUCACUCCAACCUUAGCUUUACCUUCUCCUACUCCUGAAUCCACACCUGCUUUUGAAACACAAACCUCUGAAAAGCCAGACUCUGAACCAAAAUCACCUUAUCACUCUGAUCGAGAAACUCUCUCUCCCGCUCCAUCUGUUUCUUUUCCUACCAAUACUCAAAUUUCCUCACCAUCCAACAAAUCUGAAUCCAAUCGCCAAUUCGUUCGAAUUGCAAGUGAAAGGAUCUCAGAGAUUCCUGAACAUUUCAUCACAGUUCCAAGUCCAAACCGCUAUCCUGGACCUAGACCAGAACCUCUGGUUGCUGAAGACUGGAGUCGUCUGUGCAAUUGGAUGCACAACCAGAUUGAUGAGAUGAUGUUACUCGACAAUGAAGAAAGAGAGGCCAGAAUUAAUGCUGCUAGACAGAGAUUUGAAGCCAGAACCAGGAGAAGACAAGCUCUACAUGAAAGACGCUUAAGGGAAAAGCUCUACACUAAAAUAGAAGAAACAAGAAAGAAGAAAGAGGAAGCAGAAGUUGUUGCAAGGCUUGAAGCAGCUCUACGUGAGUCUGCUAGGCUUGAUGCUCUGGAACAAGCUGCAAGACUAAAGGCUGAGGCUGCAGCCCUUAAAGCUCAAGUGCUCGCUCCUGUUCAAGUUACAAACAUCACCUCAUCCUCUGCACAAGCUCCUCACUCUGAUCAAGCUGCUCCGUCUGCUCCGGUUCAGUCAGACUCCAAACUUGACCUCAUUGAAAGAAGACUUGAUUCUCAAUAA